AAGCAUCAACAAUACCACACAGUUUCUUCACGAUCGAAGACCUGUUUGGACGGUUUCGCGAAUUGGAAACUCCCUUCGAGCGACGAAAUCUAUCUUUAAUUUGAACGUAGAUUUUUUCUCCCUCUCUGCUUAUAAAUAUAAAGUCCCCAACGCGUCCUUUUGACGCCUUUUUGCAUUAGGAAAAAUAUACACGAUUUUUUCGGUCGUUAUAUUUUCCCCAUCGUUUUGCUCUCGCGCGCGCACCAUUCUGAACGCAAAUUUCGAAUAUCGCAGUGAUACAUAAAAGAAGGUUACCGUGAAUCUGUAAGAUCACCGCCGAGUAACUCGUGUUCGUCUCGCUAAAACUUCUAAGCAGUGGCAGCAGAAGUACAAAAAAAAAGUUGUUCGAGUGGCCUUCGACAGACCGUGUGUAGUGGCUAUGCUGCGGGGAUAGAGUUGCAGCCCUUCGACGAGCCUAAUAGCAAAACUUCCACUGGUUGUAUGCGUUCGUGUUGAAAACAGAGUUGAUUGGAAGAUUCCUUUUCGGUUGAGCAAAACGUUCUCUGAAAUAAGAAAAAGUAUAAGCAAAAGUGCAGCGAAAUGUCCAAACCAAAGUCCCCAACUGGCCACCCAAUUCCUGAGGCCGAACAGGAAGCUUUCUUCGUGAGGAGCAAACCGGACCCAAUCCCAUUCAGCAAGUUCCUGUACAACUCCAAUGAGGGAACCGUUCUUGGUCGCACUGCGAUGUCAUGGGCCAAAAUCGGUACCUUCUACAUGAUCUUCUACUGCGUGUUGGCCGCUCUGGUUGCCGUCUGCAUGUGGGUAUUCUUUCAAACCCUUGACCCAAGGACUCCGAAGUGGCAGCUGGAUCAGUCACUAAUCGGCACCAACCCAGGCUUGGGCUUCCGUCCACUCCCGUCAGAAGACAACGUCGAGAGUACGCUCAUCUGGUAUAAGGGCACCGAGGAGAAAAAUUACAAGCAAUGGACUGAUGCGCUGGACGAUUUUCUUCAAGACUACAGAACACCCGGUCAGAUCUCCGGCCGAGGACAGAACAUCUACAACUGUGAUUACACUCAUCUACCACCGCCAAGGACCGUCUGUGACGUCGACAUCAAGCAGUAUGGCCCGUGCACCUUGGAGAACCACUACAACUACCACAAGAGCGCGCCGUGCAUAUUCCUGAAGCUGAACAAGAUCUACGGAUGGAUCCCGGAAUUCUUCAACGACUCUGCCAACCUGCCAACCAACAUGCCCAAGGAUCUCCAGGACUACAUCAAGAACGUCGACGAUAAGGAGAAGCAUACCAUGAACACCGUUUGGGUGUCGUGUGAAGGCGAGAAUCCCGCCGAUAUUGAGAACGUUGGACCAAUUAAGUAUUACCCACGACGUGGUUUCCCCGGCUACUACUAUCCCUACGAGAACUCCGAAGGCUAUCUGAGCCCCCUGGUUGCGGUACAUUUCGAGCGUCCAAUUCGUGGAAUCAUCAUCAACAUCGAAUGCAAGGCUUGGGCCCGCAACAUCAAGCACGACAGACACGAACGGUUGGGUUCGGUACACUUCGAGUUGCUGAUUGAUUAAAACCGGUCAAUCCGGUAACCCAACCAGAUGCACCACCCAUCUUAUGGUGCUAGCCACGUGUCUAGCGCGCCGCUCUCCCUGCCCUUCACCACUUCAAAUCGAAGCGCUAGAUAGUUUUUAAUUAAAUUUUCAAAACGACAGCAUCAAAAUAAGUCAAAAGUCAGCAACUCAUCAGCAGCUUCGUAGCAGGAGUUUUAAGAUACGCUAUAUUUCUCCAAAAUUUUACCAUCUUGUCAAUGUUUCGAUUGUAAUGAAUUUUUAAAACAAUACCCUUUUGCAUAUGCUUGUUAAUUUAAAUCCGUGAGAGUAAAUUAAGAUUAGGCGAUCUCCUUAGAUCUUCUUAGAGGACACGAAAAAAAAAACAAAACCAACACAAAAAGACGUUAAGAAAAUCUGUCUAUUAAGGAUGUAAGAUGUUGUGCUUGUAAUUUUUAUGAGUGUAAAUAAUAAAUGAGAGUCCAAAUCGUUAAUUGACCAUCAUUUCAAUAACCGGACAGAAAGUUGAAGACUCCGACAUAAGUGGCUGACAUUUCACAGCCCAAGCACACAACAUUCGAUCAGUCAGUCAAAAGCGAAGAGUUUUGUAUGAUGCUUCCGCAUCUAGUACUACUGCCAAUUCGAUAGUUCAGCUCUAUAAAUAUUCGAAAAUUACUGGCUAAGUGCCGAUGCCAUCAUCGAUAGCGCAUUUGAAGUGAUCCGAAAACGUUCUCUACCUUAAAUAUUACAUAUCGUUGCUUAGCACAAUUGUUGCAAAAUACCAUUUUCUCCCAUCGUAUUUCAAAUCAGAACCAACAGUUAACGUUCUUAUAACAAAAUUUCUUGCAAAUCCAAGUCAGACAAACGACGUUUAAUAAAACAGUAUAGCUACGAUAGAUAAAUUUAUUUAAAUAUAUAAAGUCAGAGAAAGUAUUAUUAACAGUGGCAAUAUGGCAAUGAUCGACCAAGUUUUCAGUGUUCAUGAUUAAAAUAAAGUGCCAAUACAAGCUUAUGAUAGGACAUUUACUGUACAGCAACAAGCAAAUACCCACCUUGUAUUCUACUACUUUCAAUUGUUUACCAAUUCGCAUUUAAAAAAAUCUCAAUGUUGUACGUGUUUUUUCAAGUUUCCUCAUUGAAUAUGGUUUUAUUGUUUCAAACAAGAUAAUUGCGUCCUUGGAAUCAAAAUUCCACGAUUAAUAUAGUUUGUUUGUUAAGAUGUAAGCUUUCGAUUAGGUUCUUCAUCAGUCGACGUGUGCUUCAUACUAUCCUAUUAUUGCACCAAAAUUAGAGAGAAACAUUUUCUACUUUUGAAUCAAAUUGACAAAACUUCACCACUUUGAUACAUCGUUGAAGAAAGGAAAGAAAUAAAUGAUAGAAAACCUAA